AUCUGCGUGCGAGAUAAGGAGUAGUUGCUAUGGUGAUGCUCAAUAAAGUGAUCGCGACGUGACGGUGAUAAUAUGUUGACUGCAGCCAUGAUUGAUUCCGAGCAAAGAGUUCCAAGUAUAGCGAGGUUCGGCGCGGCUCCCCCUGCCUUCAUUCGCCUUACACUUUGGUCAGUUAAUUCUCCUCAGCGGCACGACUUGAAACAGUUGCGAUGAAGCCCUGCAGCGUCGCGCUGUUGACCCUGAUUUUGGGUGCAGCCUGCACCCUGGCGGCAGCCUCCGGCUAUCCCACGGCGGCCCCAGUGAAAUACAUCGAGAAAAACGAGACGUGCCCGGAACAAUGCUUUUGCACGCCGUUGGAGGACAAGAUCGAGGUCGUUUGUCCCACCGAGGAGACCAUCGACAGGAUAGACGACUCUCCGCCGAAAGACGUCGACCCUAGCGAAGAGGUCGAGUUGCUCGGCGACGCGUCUGACGCCCACCUGGACGUCGCUCCUCCGCCCGAGAAGAUUUCCCAAGAAAAGGACAUUCCCUUGCAGUUUCCGGAAGACGACGUGGAGGAAGAGUUCAAGGCUGUCACGCCGGCCGUCGUCACGGAGAAGGAGGAAGACUUCAUGCUGCCCCAGGACGAAGACCUGAUGCUGAGUGACCAGCCCGUCGACGGCGUGGACGAGGACGAAAACGUCACGGAGCACGAAUUUAUUGAGCACAAGGUGGUAGAUUACAAAGAUGAGGAAAACCCGGAGAUUGCCGAAGAGGUCGACCAAAACCUGGACGCCGUGCCGUCCGAGAAGCCGACCGAAAAGGCCGUGCCGGAGGAAAAAGCCGUUGCGGCCAGUGUCCAGGACCUCGAGGCCACCCCCGCCGCCAAGGAGGACGAAUUCCGUUUGCCCGUGGACAAGGAGGAAGAGCCGGAACCCACCGUGGCCGAGGUCACCGCCAGUCUGAGCCCUCUGGCGAAUAAACCGGAUUAUCCUUCCUCCGAAGAGUCGGAAAUUCCCGACGUGCCGUUGGUGUUCAACGAUUCCGUGGAGGAUUCUGGCAGCACCGAGGACGUGGCGUCGCCCGUGCCCGAGCAGGACGAAGAAGACGCUCCGGUCACGAUCGUGAACAAGAAGGUGGACAACGUGGAGACCAACAACCUGGUGAUGAUGGCGCCCGAGAUGAGCGGCAAGAUGCAGGUGGACGAGGCGCCGGAGGAGGACGCGGACAGCAGUCCGCAACAGUCGGCCACGUCGUGGGUCAUCCUCGGAAUCAUCCUGGCCAUGUUCGUCGGGGUGCUGCUGUACGCGGCCAUCAAGGGCAAGGUGGAGGACAGACCCGACGGCGUGGCCAAGGUGGCCACAAUCAGCACGGUCGAGGUGGCCAAGAACCGGAAGCCACCGCCGAGCGGCGGCGAGGAGGGCACCGAGAUGAAGGAAAUGUCCAGGGCGCUGCUCAGCACGCCGAGUUCGCCGCUCGAGAGUCGCGUGUCGCGCUUCAUCGACGAGGACUGCGACGACGAGCAGCUGAAGCGCUUCGUGCCCAAGGAGAUGGACGAGAUCCUGGAGCAGGUGGUGGUGGAGCCGCAGGAGUCGCCCCGCCCGGUCAACAACGCCGUCGAGAAGCCGCCGCGCAAGUUCAUCCACGUGCCGUCGUCGGACGAGCCGGAGCGUUCCAGCCCCAACUCGCCCACCCUGGUGCACGCGAAAAUGGUCGACAUGUCGCCGCAGGUGCCGCGCGUUAUCAGCAACGGAAAUUCGUCAAACCCGUUCGGAGAGGAGGAGUAAAGUGCUAUAUUAUAGCCUUGAUUAGGUUUUUUUAAGUGUACAAGAAGUGAGACGUGAAGCAUCAAAUUAGCAGAUAACAAAAAAAAUAAUGGAGAAAUACGCGUGUUUGUCCCAAAUGAUUAAAGUCCGAGUGUAGACGCAGUCUUUUAUUUACUUAACAUUAUUUUAUCAAUCGUCACAGCACUGCGCGCGCGCUCCAAGUUUUGUUCGGCGUAGGCAACCGCGCCCAUCAGUCAUGUCGCGCAGGUUGCAUACAUUUACAGUUAGUGCUAUUUUAUUAUGCUAUUAAUAAAAUGUAUAUGAUAGAGGAUUUAUUGUUUGCACGCGUUCAUUUCUUUUUGCUUCUUUGUGUGAAUGCACCGAUAUGUAUUUUGCAGGUCGUCGUGUAAAUAAAAUGGACAAGUUUUAAAAUUCAGAA